AUGGCAUCUCAAUAAUAAUAAUAAUAAUAAACUACUCAAUAGCAACCAACUUAAUAAAAACAACCUAUCAGAUAACCAGAUGUUAAAACUUAACUAAAAUAACUUUAUGAUAAAUCUAGUAUUUAAUUUGAUGAUGAAACAAUUGAAUUGUGUCCAUAAAUUUAAAUCUUGAAUAACCUAGUUAAGUAAUAUUUAUCAAUAUAUAAAGAUAUGAGAAUCGUAUAGAUUAAAUGAUAAAAAAUAAGCGAGUUGAUUUAUAAGAAUCCUUUAUUCAGCCAGGAUAAUAUCUUAAAAAGACCCUUAGAAUUAUUGUCUACUCUGAAUUAGUUUGUGAUGAAUGGAAUCUUUUCAUCAAAGGACAAGUGAUAUCAGAGGACAAGAAACCUUUUUCUUAUUUUAUCAGACAACUUGAAGUCCAAUUUGAUAAAACAUAUUAUCCCUCUUAAAAUGUUAUCUAAUGGAGCAGGAAUCAUAUUCAAUAGCAAUAACAAUAAUAGUCUUAAUAAUAAUAGCAAUAAGAAACAAGUGGCUUUCAUAUCAAAAGAAAAGGGCCAGCUUGCGAUGUGAUCAUAUCUAUUAGUCUCUAAACUUAUCCAUAGAAAUACAAAUUGCAUAAAACAUUGUAAUAAUUACUUGGAAUUAAAGAAGGAACUAGAUCUUAGAUCUUGUAUUGUUUUUGGGAAUAUGUAAAAGUAUAUAUUCCUUAAUAAUUUAUUAGUUAAAUAAUCUGACAGAUAAGGAAAGUAAAGAUUAUAUUAUUGCCGAUGAAUAAUUAAAGCAACUGUUUGGAUAGGAACGUAUUCCUUUAUCUAAUCUUAAUAUACUAUUAAAAAUGUUUAUUGAAAAUCCAGAACCAAUUGUCAUAAAACACCAUUUGGGAGUUAGCAAUUAUAUUGGAUUUGAUGUUGUAGUAGAGUAAGAAAUGAGUUAUCAACCUGNAUUUCAACACUCCCAAAACUAUUAAUGCUACUGCUACUAAAACUGA